AUGUCCAAUAUACAAGGAAAACUUUUAUUACAAAGACAACUUGAAGAUUUACAAAAGAAUCCGGUUGAUGGUUUUUCAGCUGGACUGGUAAAUGAUGAUAAUAUUUAUAAAUGGGAGGUUUUUAUUAUGGGACCACCGGAUACUAUUUAUGAAGGUGGUUUUUUUAAAGCUAUCCUUGAUUUUCCUAUAGAAUAUCCACAACGUCCUCCUAAAAUGAAAUUCAUCUCAGAAAUGUGGCAUCCAAACAUUGAAAAAAAUGGGAAUGUUUGUAUUUCAAUUCUUCAUGAACCUGGUGACGAUCAUUUUGGAUAUGAAAGACCAGAAGAACGUUGGUUACCUGUACAUACUGUUGAAACUAUUCUAUUAAGUGUAAUUUCUAUUCUAGCUGAUCCAAAUUCUGAAUCUCCAGCUAAUGUUGAUGCAGCUAAAGAAUUCGUCAAUAACUAUGAUGAAUUUAAAAAAAAAGUUUCGCGAUGUGUAAGAAAAAGCCAAGAAGAAUAA